AUGUCCGCUCAAAACCCUAUGCGUGAGUUGCGUAUCGAAAAGUUGGUCUUGAACAUCUGUGUCGGUGAGUCCGGUGACAGAUUGACCAGAGCCUCCAAGGUCUUGGAGCAGUUGUCCGGUCAGACCCCAGUCCAGUCUAAGGCUAGAUACACCGUCAGAACUUUCGGUAUCAGAAGAAACGAAAAGAUUUCUGUCCACGUCACCAUCAGAGGUCCAAAGGCCGAGGAGAUCUUGGAGAGAGGUUUGAGAGUCAAGGAGUUCCAGUUGAAGAGAAGAAACUUCUCUGCCACUGGUAACUUCGGUUUCGGUAUUGACGAGCACAUCGACUUGGGUAUCAAGUACGACCCAGGUAUCGGUAUUUACGGUAUGGACUUCUACGUUGUCAUGGGCAGACACGGUGCUAGAGUUGCUAGAAGAAAGAGAUGCAGAGGUAGAGUCGGAAACUCCCACAAGACCAACCAGGAGGAGUCCAUUGCUUGGUUCAAGCAGAAGUACGAUGCUGAGGUUUUGCACAAGUAA